UCAACAGCCAGUCCAGAAAACAGUUCUCUCCUGCUUUAUCUUCUUGGAACUGCGCUACAUCAGAAGUACAGAUAUAAAAUGACUUAAACACAACUUCAACAAAUUAAAGAACCAUUUCCUCAUGUUUCUGGUGAGAUUACAUUACCUGCAAGACAAGAUCAUUUCCUUCCAAUGGCUUUCGUGUCCCCACAAUGCUUAUAACUGGGAAUGACAAGGCAAUUUUGUGUUUUCUGAAUUAUUCCUGUCUCCUCUUUCACUACUAAGACAGACACCAUGAAUUUUACCAGACUGCCUGAAGUGAAUGAGACACCAAUCAUUUUCUUCAGGAAUCAGUCUGUCUCUGUCAACAGCACUCACCAUUUGUUCCCUCCAUUCUUGGAAGACCCUUGCAAGAACUCCACUGGCCUCACUUUCUUCCUGGUGGCCUGCUAUUGCGCUGUCAUGGUUGUUGGGCUGGUGGGCAACAUUUGUUUAAUCUGUGUAAUAGCCAAGCAGAAAGAGAAGGCCAACGUCACUAACAUAUUAAUCGCCAACCUUUCCUUCUCAGACAUUAUGGUGUGCGCGUUCUGUUUGCCCUUUACUGUGGUCUACACACUAAUGGAUUACUGGAUUUUUGGGGAAGUCUUAUGCAAGGUGAUGCCAUUUAUCCAGUGCAUGUCGGUGACGGUGUCUAUUCUUUCUCUUGUCCUCAUUGCCUUGGAGAGACACCAGCUUAUUCUCAACCCUGCUGGUUGGAAACCCACUGUUCCACAGGCAUACUUGGCAGUGGUGGUGAUUUGGAUGGUAGCCUGCUUUACCUCACUUCCCUUUUUGGCGUUUCACAUUUUGACGGAUGAACCCUACAAGAAGCUUUCUUUCGUCAUGGCCUCCCUAGCAGACAAGGCUGUCUGCACUGAAAACUGGCCCUCCCACCAACACAAGCUUAUCUACACCACCUGGCUGCUGAUCUUCCAGUACUGUGUUCCCCUCCUUUUCAUCCUGGUGUGCUACCUGAGGAUCUACUUCCGCCUGCGUAAGAGGAAGGACAUGCUUGACCGGAUGUGCGAGGAGAACCGGCGGAUGACUCACAGUAAGAAGAUCAACGUCAUGCUGGCGUCCUUGGUCACUGCGUUUUCUGUCUGCUGGCUACCUCUCAACACCUUCAACACCAUUGCGGACUGGAAUUACGAGGCAGUGAUGUACUGCCAUCACGACCUAAUUUUCUCAUUGUGCCACCUAGUGGCCAUGGCAUCAACCUGCGUCAACCCUAUCAUUUAUGGCUUCUUGAAUAACAACUUCAAAAAAGAAGUGAAGUCCAUUUUUGUGCACUGUAAGUGCAGCACCCUGGAAGAGGAUUAUGAACACUUUCCUCUUUCCACCAUGCACACAGAGAUAUCAAAGACUUCCCUCCGCUUGAGCUGUAGGAAUAACUCAGUAUAGCAAGGGGACAGGGCUCCUACUGCAAACGUGUAUAAGUACCAAACUCUGAAUGUAUAUAUUAAUAAAGAAUAUACGUUACUUUCUGUAAGGUUGAUGAAUGUACUGUAAGUAGUAAAUGAUUGUAUAUUUUAGAGCAUUUUAAAUUAUAUGAAUUGAGGGUUUGUCCUCAAAAUCCUUCUUUGUUCUUUAAUUUCAAGUGUGUAAAUUAAUUAUUUGUAUGCAAGCUGCAUUGUACAAUGGAUUUGUCAGAAUGGAAGCAUUGUGCACUUUAGAUACUAAUCAGCUUAUUUUAGGAUCAGCCUUUUUACAUUUAUCAUACAAUUGUAUGUUGUGGAUGUGUGUUCUAUUGCUCUCUAAAUCUUUCAUUAACUGGCAGAGUUGAAAAGACCACAGUGUCCUAUGAGCUGAAUGAAAUGUUAAGCUCAAAGCCAUUUUAAAAGCGAUUUAAAGACAAUUGAUAAUUACUCAAUUUAAGCAACAGGAUCAAGAACCACUUAGGAAUUUAGCAGAUACCAUUCAGUAUUAAGGGGUAUAUAUAAACUGCUAUAGAUUUUGGGUUAGACUGUAUGCUCCUUUUGUGAAGAAUAAUUUACACCAUGUAUUAAUUGAGCAUUGCUUCAAUUGAAAAAUAACAUUUACAAUGCAGGAAUGCAGCAUGUACAAAAUGUAACUACUGUGUAUGAUCUUCAAGUGUGUUUACCUUAUACUGUAUCAAGUAGGUUUUUAAUUCUUGUUCAAGCCAUGGCGUGAAUGUAUUUGUUGUAACUGCAUUUACUUGUGUUAUUAUAUUGCAAUUUCAGUUAGAUUAACGGCAUUGCUUCUGGUCUUGUUUUUGAAUUUCUGUUUAAAAGCAAAGCUUAGUUUUCUUAUAUUUAGUAGGUGGUGAUGUUAUAACCUCACCAAAUAGUAAGCUGAAGACAUUUGAUCAUUUCUACAAUCAGAAUUUGACAGAUCAUCACUCAAUUACUUUUGAAAGAAACUUAUUCAGCUGUUUUGGCGCAACUGUGGUAUUUAAAAAACCUCAACGAUGGUUUCCAGGCAACCCUAUUAGAUGGAAGUCAGUCAAGGUCCCCAUUGGUGGCUGGCCUAUCUUUCAAGUUCAAGGUAAUACAACAGUUGCAGAGAUACUCAGAGGUACACCUGUGUUCUGAGGAGUGUUUUUUAAGCUGUUGGCUACUAACUAGUUUGCUGCCAGUGGGACUCACUUAUUUAUAUAUUUAUGUUAUGUUUAUAUAGACAUUAUGAAGAAUGUAACUAUUAUUGAAUGUACUGUACAUCAUUAAAAUAUAUUAAGUGUAUUAUGUAUGCCAGACAUUAUAAAAAUGUGUGUUUUUAUUUUAUUUUAAUUGUAGUUGGCAGCAAUAAGUCACUAGGCAACCCCCCCUUUUUAAAGAAGAAAGGGAAAGGGGAUGAGGGGAGGAUAGCUGUGUUACUACAGCUAGAGUGUAUUCUUGGAGUCUUGCUUGUGCUACUUCUGUUUUCUGUUAGUUAGGGAGAGCAUUUAGUUUACUUUUUGUAGCUUUUUUUUUGUGUGUGUAUGUAAAUGAAAGUGAGACACACCCAAACCCAUAAAAACUCUCUGAUGCUGAAGUUAUUAGAACUUGUGGCUUGUAUAGAUGCAACACAUUUGUUGUUGGCAAGAUUUCUUGUGGACUGCAAAAAUAAACAAUCUGGCAGAAUUUCCUGAAAGCCUAUUUUUAUACUACAUAUUUACUUCCUGUGUUACAUAUAAUAGGACCCUACCAAUUAUGCAACCUUACUGUUAAGUCAGGAUACACAGAUUUCACCUGAGUCAAAGUGAAAUCAAAAAGACCAGUACUAGGCCAUUCUAAUGAGGAUUGUAACAACCAUGAUUGGUCUCCCCCAUUCUGUACUGGGGUAAGGGCCACUGGCCUGCCAAUGGGAAGAUUACAUUCUCAUCAGUGCUAUGUGAGUAGCUAACAGCUGGAGGUAUCUAUCUAUCUCUCCAUCUAGUUUCUAGAAGUAAACGUGACUGUCCUACUGUGGGAUACAGAGACACAUUUACAGACAUUUUUAAAAUAGCCUUACUUACUACCCUGCAAAAUGAACUUAAGUUUCUGCAUGACUUUUCAGAUUUUCAGAUCAAGGCACAAAAUACAAAAGGGGUUCACAGUACUGGAAAGUCAUGCCAAUAUGGUAUGCAUCUGUUCACUGUUUUUUAUUUGCAUGUAAUUAUUUUGAGCUAUUGGUUAAUUUCCUGUUCUUUAUCAUAUCAUUAUGUGACAGCUGUCAAGGCUGAUUAGAUGUUGUUUAUUACUCAUAACAAUUAUUAAGUUGUA